CCAGUGAGGACCGUCCCCUCAAUACCACCUGGUUUGGUUGCACACAAGCUGCAGUUUCAGUUUGUUUUAUUCACCAUUUUGAGUAGCGGAAGGUAAAAAAUAAGAAUAUUUGUGUUUGGUGAGCGAAACCUGGACGUCCUCUUAUUUUCACGCGCUAGCUCGGACGGUGGAGUCGCGCGGCAGCCUCGCGCCUGUCGGUGUUGUGCAGAGCGGGAAUCUUAUUUCUUUUACCCCCCCUCCCUGUUCUUUUUCUUCUCCCGUCUCUAACCUCCACAGUAUUCCUGCAAAAUGUCAAGACCAGUGAGGAACAGGAAAGUGGUGAACUAUUCACAAUUCAACGAGUCUGACGAUGCAGAUGAGGAGUAUGGCGGCGAUCGGCCUAAGAAGGUGCGCCCCGCCCCUCGUGAGCCGAAGCACAAGCGCUCGAAGAACUCACAGGAUGACAGUGAGGAUUCUGAUGAAAAGCUCUCCAAAUCCAAAAAUGAUUCAGCAGAUGACUUCGGCAGUGAGGAGGAAGACAAUGACUUUGGAGAAGAGGAGGAGGAGGAAGGAGGCAGCGACUACGAAGAAGAGAGAGGAAAAAAGGCAAAGAAAGCCAAAGUGGAGAAGACCAGUAAGAGGGGCCCAAAGAGAAAACGGGCUGCAGAUGACAGUGACGACGACAAGGAAGUGAGUCGGAAGCGUACAGUGAGGCAGGCUGCUUCCAAGGCCGUGUCAAAACAGAGAGAGAUCCUGCUGGGGGACGGAGGCAGUGAGGAUGAGGAGCACGAAGACCAGGAGGAGUCUUAUAUGGACCCUGACGAGUCUGGCAGCGACGAGGACUUCAUGGUGGAGGACGACGAUGACAGCGACUACGGCCGCUCCAAGAAGAAGGGGAAGAAGGUCAUCCGACGGGGGCGGCUGGAGAAGAAGGAGAAGAAGAGCCCCAAACCCCGACUAAAGGCCACAGUCACCCCCAGCCCCAUGAAGGGGAAGGGCAAGGGCCGCCCCAGCACCAAGACCGUGGAGAAGAGCUCACCCAAAGAGGAAGAGGAGGAGGAAGAACCAGAGAGCCCUCUGGAGGAGGAAGAGGAGGAGGCCGCCGAGAAGAAGGAGGAGACCUCCCCCGCCACCAAGACAACGAAGGAGUCUGCAGGAGGAGACGAGGAAGAGGAGGAAGACGAGGAGGAGGAGAACGGCUCAGAAGAGGAGGCGCCCUCUGGGGAAGACUAGAAGAUGGAACCCGUUCCUUCCCAUCCUCCACCUCUCUCUGUCUCUCCUUCACAUGUUUGUUUUCUUUUGUUGCUCUGCAUUUAGGGUUUUGUUUUUCUUUUUGUAUUCUUCCCCUCCUAGUGGCCUGGCUCAACGAUUUGGAGAACCUCUAUUUUUUUAUUUUUUUUUAUUUCAGUCAGCAUCCUAGCUCCUCCAGCAUCCCAACGUCUCCUCCGUCUCUGUAGGACGGUGAAGCAAACGUCCGUCCUGCAGCAGAGCAGCAACCUUUCUUUUCUCCCUGUUUUACUGGUUCAGCCCAUCCCAGGUGGGGUUCUGUAUCGGUGGGCAAAGCGCUGUAUCUCAUGCACGUCGACACGCGCCCGGGUAAACGCCCGUUUCCUCUCUGCUUGGUGUUUUCAGCGCCGCUUAACGCCGUGAUGAGUUUUAAACACUUUAUUUAAAGCAUUUCUGAGCUCACUUAAAGGUCACACUUGUCAUUUUUAAUCAUUUUUCCUUCAGCUGCUUUUUGGAACGGUUUCUCUUUUGUAUAUCCAGCUAAAUUUUGUUUUGUUUUUGUUUUUUGAAACAGCGCCCCCGGCAUGGCUGCAGCAUCCUAACAUCCAAUCCUUUGUGCCAGGCACCUACAUUUCCUGUUUUUUUUUUUUUUUUUUUUUUUUUUUGUUUUCAGAAAAAUGCAACAAGAGGUGUUCUUUGUUUUGAGAGUUUAAAACAAGAUUGUUUUUUUUUCCUCUCUCUCCUGUUGGUUCAUUGUUCUAAUUCUCUAUUCAGAUUUUUUUGUAAUGUUUGUUUUUUAAGAAAAAGAAAUAAAAUGUAUCUUGAUUUUAAAGAAAAUCCGUUGACCCUAUGUAAUCUGUUCAGUGUGACGGUGGGAGCAGCUCUCUCUCUCUCCCAUCAGCUUUAGUGGUUUCCCAUCAGUUUCCCAUCACUUCGGUUCUUCAGUACUUUGAGUUGCCCGCGUUAGAAGUUCAAGUAGACCGGGCAGCUCCGUGUUCGUGUUCAUUUGUCGAUGCCUUAAUUUUCAUUCGGUUAAAUUUUUUUUUUCCACCAGUGGCUCUAAUGUCAUCCCCGAAGGCCUGAGAAUGUAACGAGUCCUCACGUUUCAAGCCUUUGCUAGCAAGGCGGCUGACGCCCGGCUCGAAACGAGUCACCAAUUAGUCCGAUCAGCAGACCAUCCAAAGCCAUAGACGAUCUCAGAACUUGUGAUUUGUAGAUCAGGUGCAGCUCUUGUGAGAUUAUCCUCUUGUGUUUGAUGUCAAAGCAAAAAAAGAAUAAAAGAAUGAAGUUGCUAUAGCGAUCUUGGGGACAGUGUUUUCGUACGGGUCGUCCUGAGGUCGCAAUAGAAGUUCGUCCCAGCCAGGGCGCCGGAACCUUCGUUCAUAAGCACAUUUGAUUGUUUCCCGCCUGUCUGAGACAGCAGGUCAGUGUUUUUCUACGUUCAGGUCCCUGAAUUGGCACCGAGUCCUUACAGUCCAGCCGUUUUUAAAAACUUGGAGGUUAAAAAAGAAAGAGGCUCCUCUCUCCUACUGGAGGCACAUGGUUCUGUUCCUCUCUCAUCCACUCUUCAACUUUUCUCUGUUUUUACGUUUUUGUUUGGUUUUUUUUUAAUCUACGUUGAGUUGUUCUGGCAAUGUUAAUGUAAGCUGACUUGUGAUUCCUACGGCGACCAGGCAGUGAAGCUUUUGUCAGUCUAGUGGGGGGGGGGAAAGGAACACUGAACUCUUCAAUCUUUUUGCAUGUUGUGGAAAAAGUGCGAAGCGAUGAUGUUGAAUAAAUGCUGACAGUAGCAACAUUGUGGUCUAAAGGAAAAGUAUUAAACAAUGUUGAUAAUGUUUUGGUUUCCCAGCUUCUAAUAAAGGCAACCUACUUUUUAUACAGAUUA